GACUGAAGACUAGUUUGGUUUGAGCCAGUCUCUUGGUGCCUUUUUACUUCGCGAGUUGGUUAUUACGGAGUUCGCGCGCGAUUGAGAAUUUUUUUCUAGAAUUGUCGAAUUUUCUUCGUCGCUAUAAUGCGUCCGAUCAGUUGCGUAUUAUUUAUAGUCGCAGCUUUUGUAUCGGUUGAAUAUGCGAAUACGGUUCCUCAUGAAAUCAACCCCGAGCAUGUUCUAAAUAGGUAUAAAAGACAAGAUAACGAUACUGGAAAAAAAGAAGAGAGUUUUGAACUUGAAUUGUGCAAGGACAAGGACGCCGGUGAAUGGUUCCGAUUAGUGGCAGGAGACGGCGAUAAUUGCCGUGAUGUCAUACAAUGCACAUCAUCGGGAUUACAAGCUAUUCGUUGUCCUGCCGGAUUAUAUUUCGAUAUUGAGAAACAAACUUGCGACUGGAAAGCCGCUGUGAAAAAUUGUAAGCUCAAGAAUAAAGAAAGGAAAAACAAACCUUUACUGUUCACCGAAGAACCACUUUGUCAAAAUGACGAGUUGGCCUGUGGUGACCAGCAAUGCGUCGAUCGAGCUCUUUUCUGUAAUGGAAUAAAAGACUGCAACGAUGGUUCAGAUGAAAACGUUUGCGAUAAUGACAACGAUCCAAACAGAGCUCCCCCUUGCGACCCUGCUGUCUGCGUCCUGCCAGAUUGUUUCUGCUCCGAAGAUGGUACCCAAAUUCCAAGCGACUUACCAGCUAAGGACAUUCCUCAAAUGAUCACCAUUACUUUCGACGACGCUAUUAACAACAACAAUAUCGAACUGUAUAAAGAAAUAUUCAACGGCAAGAGGAAAAAUCCAAAUGGAUGUGAUAUUAAAGCUACUUUCUUCGUUUCUCAUAAAUACACCAAUUAUUCAGCCGUCCAAGAAAUGCACAGAAAAGGACACGAAAUCGCUGUUCACUCCAUUACGCAUAACGACGACGAACAAUUCUGGAGCAAUGCUACUGUCGACGAAUGGCUCAAAGAAAUGACCGGUAUGAGAAUAAUCAUCGAAAAAUACGCCAACGUGACCGAUAACUCGGUAGUAGGUCUGCGAGCUCCGUACUUGAGAGUCGGAGGUAACAAUCAAUUCACCAUGAUGGAAGAACAAUCGUUCUUGUACGAUUCCACCAUCACAGCUCCUCUAUCGAAUCCACCUCUGUGGCCAUACACCAUGUACUUCAGAAUGCCUCACAGAUGUCACGGGAACCUGCAGCAUUGUCCGACCCGAAGUCACGCCGUUUGGGAAAUGGUUCUAAACGAAUUGGACCGCAGAGAAGAUCCAAACUUUGACGAAUACUUGCCCGGAUGUGCCAUGGUUGACUCUUGCUCCAAUAUCUUGACCGGAGAUCAAUUCUACAACUUCUUGAACCAUAAUUUCGAUCGUCACUACGAUCAGAAUCGCGCCCCACUGGGUCUCUAUUUCCACGCCGCUUGGCUCAAGAAUAAUCCCGAAUUCUUGGACGCUUUCUUGUUCUGGAUGGAUGAAGUGUCGGCCAAUCACAACGACGUGUACUUUGUGACGAUGACGAACGUCAUUCAAUGGAUCCAGAAUCCGAGAACUUCGUCCGAAACUAAAUCGUUCGACGCUUGGAAAGAAAAAUGUGUGAUCGAAGGUCCCCCAGCUUGUUGGGUACCGCACUCUUGUAAAUUGACCAGCAAAGAAGUUCCAGGCGAGACCAUUAACCUCCAAACCUGCGUCCGAUGUCCGAAUAACUACCCGUGGCUCGACGAUCCGACCGGAGACGGUAUACCCACCUAAAUUUAAAUAACAUCCAAUCAUCGAUCUCGUCUAAAACUAAUAUCUAUCCAUGUGUGUGUGUGUGAGUUUCUACUUACUCGUAUUAUUUGUCGUAUUGUAUAUUUUUCUGCGUGCUUUGUAACACGAUGAACUUGGAUACAGAAAACGAAAACGAAUAAAAAUCAUUCGAAGAGGCGCUAAAUGUCCAUCUAAAUACGUGAUUUGUACAUUGUUGGUACCUAUCUAGCUAGACCUACGUUUAUAUAGUCAAAUUUUACAUCUACAUCCAACCAAAAACAUAAGUAUUUUACAUCUAUAAAACGCGUAAUUUUCAUUUCUUACAGCGCCUCUAAUUUUUUUUUUUUUUAAAUGGCUGUUAAUUAAAACUACAAUUUCGAGUUUUACUUAAAAUUUUGUUUGUUUGUUUGUUUAUUUUUAUACUUAAUUUGUACGAGUACUUAUUGUACUUUUAAAAAUGCCACUUCCCUGUUCCAAAAAAUUCUUGAGAGAUGAAUUUCCAAUAAAUCUGUUUUUUUUUUUCUUAUAGUUUAAUUUUUGUUCCUUCGUAAUUUUACACGAUCCGAUGUACAUUUUUUUUUACACAACAGCUCUCAUAUCCGACCGCUAAUUUUUACACCUUAUUUAUUUUUUGUUUUGUCAUUUGUCCUUUAUAAAUAAUUAUACCGAAAUGUAAAAUCAUUUUACUAAAUAUGUUAAGUAGGUAUGAUUUAUUGUAAUAUGUAUUUCUAUAUUAUUUAUAUUAUUAAUUUCUGAAUGUAUUGUAUUCGGAGACUGAAUUUUUUUUGGAUUUUUUUUCUUGUAAGAGCUGUCGAUACUACAUUUAAAAAAAUUUUCUUGUUUUAAUCGUAAUUUUUUUUUUUUGUAAUAAUGUUUACAAUUUCUGUGAGAAUAUGUGACCAUAUUAUACGUAUAUGUAUACGAAUAGAUAUUAAACUAUUCCGGAUGUAAAUAAAUUUCUCGUCGUUGUAGUAUUUGAACGUAUUAAAAUGUUAUUAAAAUAUUA